CACAUGUAGGAUACUAGGUACAAUAGUCGUAGGUGGCCAUGAAUGGCAACGAUAAUCAAGUUCAUGGGUUGAUUAUGUAGUUCCCGUGGCUGCCACCUGCAAUCCUUCAGCACUUGGUUUCAAUGCUGACGCCCAGGUUGUCUUGUCAUCCCUUCCGAGGUUGCUCACCCAUUCACAAACACAUACUGUCAAUAGAAAAGAAAGAAAGAAAUACUCUACCAAAAUGGGCAUCGACGGCGUACAAUCAUUAUUUGCAGUACUGGGCACAGCGGGACUCAUAUUGCUAUGGGGGAACAUGGUCAUCAACGGCGCUAUGGCUGCAAUGCUGGACACAUCUUGGAAUGGCAUCUUUCCAGACGGGUCUGCCCUCAAGAUGAGCUACACCGGAAUCCCGCCACUGGACCUCAUUCUCAGAAUCCUCGUUACCUUUUUCUACCCACUCAUGACCGACAGAGUUCCAUACCUGGUCAUCCUCGACAUCGUUGCGGCCAUGUUGGUCAUCAACAUUAUGAUCCUGGUGGAGAGUCGGCGCACAUCAGCGCCCAGUUGGCUACGCUCUUGCGUGCAAUGGCAGUACCAAUUGAACGGUGCAGGUGUUGCCGUCUUCCUACCCUUGUACUCGAUUUUGUUUCUAAAGCACCGAUCGCCGGGCCGCCCUUUAAGGCUGCUCGAGUCUGAGGCGCAGGCAGUCCCCAUGACCGCUCUCUGGAGCCUUCUAUUACCGAUACCUCUGUUGAUGCCGGCCAUAUCCGGGGCAACACCCUUCCAGAUCCAAAACGGUUUGGUCAUCUACUUCUUCACACCUAUUCUGUUCGCAAUGUUCCAUACCGCAGCCGGCUUCGCCAGCUCGAGAAUGUCGGUUUCCACAUUUCCCGGCUUCGUACAACCCGUGCGAACCGCAUACGAAGUAGUCGGUGUGGCGAGCGCCGUGAUUCAUUUUGGGAUCCUCGCCUAUGCCUUGUCCUCGACGGAGCCGGGGGUUUCCUUGACCGGCCUGUACUACCCCGACAGCUCGACCGUCCAGCGAGCGGGGUCCAGCAUUCUGAGGGCUGGCGGGCUCUUGUUCUCACAAUGGGACGUCCUUAUCACCACGCUGGCCACGCUUCUCCUCGCCGUGAGCCGCCAACAGUCGGAUCCGGGGUCCAGAAUCUCAGCUUGGACAUUGACGGGUAUUACUGCUGCCCUGGGACCUGGUGCCGCGCUUGCAUAUGCCCUUUGGAACGAAGAAGAUCGUUGAGACCGUUUGAGCGAUGGAGAAAAAGGCGGCAGACUGAGCAGAAUGCUUUGAACCAGCAGCAACUGACUGCUUCAGGUCGAUAAAGUGAAUAACUAGUCAGGCAGCAUGAGCGUGGGAUGCAUUCCUGAGUGAUUUGGGGAAUUUGGCGUGUAGUCAUAGAA